AUGGAAAGUCGUAUAGUCUUCAUAGGAUUAUUCGUGAUACUAUUUUUCGUUAGUCAUCUGAAUAAAAAUGAAGCCGUGGUCUUUAAGUUGACCAACGCCGUCUGUGUGAGCUAUAACGAGACCUGGUUCCUUUUCCAUCAUUGUCGUCUGAAGGCAGUUAGUCGAAACAAGGUUGUUUUAAACCUUAAUGGAACUGUUCUUCAUCCCGUCCAUAAAAUCAAUGUUCACGCAAAGAUAUUUAAACGAGAAAACGGCUACAAGCCAUGGCUAAUUGAGACGAAAGUAGAUGUCUGUCGAUUUGUCGUCACAAGUUAUGACCCAUUUUCAAAACUAGUAUUUAAUCUAUUUAAGGAAUUUUCAAACUUUGAUCACCCCUGCCCUUUUAUGGGCCUGCAGUAUGUGAUGGGAUUUUAUUUAAGACCUGAAUUAUUAAUUCUACCUUUUCCCAGCGGCGAUUACAUGCUGAUGUUGAGGUGGUUUUUUCACAACAAGCUUACUUUUGACACAAAUGUUAGUUUUGUGUUCACCGAGGAUCUUCACGGUUGA